AUGUUCCGGCUGCUGACCUCUUGCUGGUCUCGGCUAAAGACAACUGAAGAGACACGAAGGAAUGUGACCAUCAUUAUCAUUGGAUUGGACAACUCAGGCAAAACUGUUCUUGUGGAGGCUUUCCAAAGAUUACUUCCCAGUAGAAUGGACAAUUGUAUGAAACCUGAACUGAUUACACUCUUGCUGGAUGAGUAUGAAGUUUCCAUCUAUGACCUGAAUGGAGACAUGAAGGGCCGAGAAAUCUGGCCAAACUACUAUGCACAGGCACAUGGACUUGUUUUUGUCCUGGAUUCCAGUGACUUAGGCCGCAUGCAAGAAGUGAAGAUCAUCAUGACACAUCUGCUGGCUGAUAAAAGAGUGGCAGGGAAACCUCUCCUACUCCUGGCAAACAAACAAGACAAGAAGGAUGCCCUCCUACCUUGUGAUAUUAUUGAAUAUCUACUCCUAGAAAGGCUAGUGAAUGAGAACAAGUCCCUGUGCCGAGUGGAACCCUGUUCAGCCAUCAAAAACCUACAAAAAAGGAACCAUCAGCCCAUAAUUGAAGGGCUGCGCUGGCUAUUAGCUGCCAUUGGGGAUAAGUAUGAUGAGCUGUGUACUCGCCAACAGGCACUCACCUUGAACAUCCCAACCUCCAAGGGCACCAGAGGCUCUGGGGAAAGAUGCUCAUCAGACAGCUUUGCUACCAGGAUGGGAAUGUCCAAAGAAAAAAGACAUCAUCUAGGACAACACUCAGUGGAAGCUAGGCCCCUAAAGCCAAUCCUACAGAAAGAAGGUAUAAGAUUAAGGCCUAAAAAGAAUAAUAUCAGUAACGUUUGCUUUAGAUGA